AUGACAACCAACGACAGUCAACAUCGCCGCGGCGGGAAGUCGCUCCUUGACCUGCCUGGAGAGCUACGUAACGCGAUCUACGAGCACUUCAUCGACCUUGCCAAAUGCCCGCAUACCACCAACGCCACCACCUUGCUCUGGGUCAACCGGCAAAUCCGCGCCGAGUUCAGAUCGUUGUACUUCCGUCAGGGCAAUGUCACAGUUUACUUUGACGGCGUCGCUAGCUUCCUACGCGCCUUCAUCCUCCCUUCUACGACCCUAGUGCUUGACGACGUUACUUUUACGAUUCGCGUGGAGCUCGGCAGCGAGAAUCAGGACCCCAACAACUGGUUGUUCAAUCUGAUGGACGUCAUCUCGACCAUGCGAAAGUAUCCUCUGCUCAACAUCAGAUGGAAUCUGGUCCCGCCUGGCCGCUUUCAGCCCCACAACGAUUUAGGUUUCGCUACUCAUGUGUCUAUUCUAAAGGAUAUGGAGGAUCACGAGUUUGAGAAGGUAAACUCUAUUAUAGAACUGCGCAACGCGGUCUACAAGUACUUCAUCGACCUCGACCCAUCUCUUCACGAGAGCAUCCAGUUCCUCCAAGUCAAUCGGCAGAUCCGCUCCGAAUUCGGGUCACUAUACCUGAGUCAGGGCAACGCUAUAGUACCUCUUGACUGCCUCAUACCCUUCCUGCGCGACACCUUUCAGCCCAUCGCUAGCCAGAGACCAAAGGACUUCACUUGCAGCUUCCUUGUACAGCUCGACUGGAACGAUCUCUGUUGGCACAGGAGCUUCUGGGACCUCGACCUCUUUGAAACUGUCGCAUUCAUGCGUGGAUAUCCUUUACUCGACAUUGAGUGGGACCUGAACCCUUUCAACCGCUGUAGUUACUCUAAUCACUCCAACCGCCCUGCCCACUCCGGCCGCGGCGACCGCUCCGACGUACCUGAAGAAGAAGAAGGAACCGAAGAAGAAGACGAGGACGAAGACGAGCCCGAGGUGGCACAGCCCGAGGAGGCACGAUCUGACGAAGCACAACCUGAGGAAUCAGAAUCUGAGGAAGCAGACUCCGAGGAAGCAAACUCCGAGGAAGAAGAGAUAGCGAUUCCGCGUUAUUCUGCUCGAGUCACUUUCAGUGUUGACGACAUAGACGUCGACUUACCCCUGUCAAUACUCAGAAAUCUGGAGGAUGAAUUGUACGCGAAGUUGGCUGCUAUUGAUCUGUCUUUAUCUGUCAGGCCACCUUUAGAUGAGAGGUUCAGUGCCGGUCUAGUAGCCUAUCUUGACAUCGCUCUGAUGGCGAACUGUACGGAACAAGACUUCGAAAAGUUUGGAUUUGGCAUUGAAUGCGGAGGCGUCAAAGUGCGUUUUCACAUAGCGCAUGAGCCAGAUAGCGAAUACAAUGUCUCCGAGAGUGAGGAAGAUGAAUAG